UGCAGGGUGGUCUCAUGUACUGUAAUCUAUACUGUAGUUCAAACACAGAGACAGAUUCAAAGGGUAACAAACACAAUGGACAACUCCGCUUUCUUCUGCUACUCCACAGCCUUACGAUUUGGAUGAACAUUGAAGACUAACUAUAUGGGACAGAUGUAAUUUACCUCCUAAACUUUUGGUGUUGAAACUAUCUUUUGGAUAUCUUUCAGUACUUGGGAUUUUCCUUGAUUGGAGGAAAACACCUUUCAAAUAGAUAUUAAACUAAGAAUGUCCAUAUAUAGGGUAACGGAUGCAUCUAUUUUUUGGAAACAGGAUUAAUUUUACCAUCUGUUCAAAUUUUGAAGCAUUUUCAUUACAAUGGCCUCAGCUGCACAGCCAAGCAAUUUACUCUGAUGAUGGUGUUUCUCAAUCGUGUAAACUAUUCAGGGUUUAUGUACCCUACUGGAUAGAGGCUUUAUAGAGCUUUGGAUCUGUCUUUCAUGUUGUUGCUUUUGAUUCAAAUGCAGUAAGGAAAACAGCUUGAAGGAGAUCCAAGGAUGCAGAUCAAUUUAUCUUUAGUCAUGUCUGGCACAAGGUCUAUUAAAAGAGAUAUAGAACUGAGGAUCUUACUUAUUUGGCUAAUCGUUAUGCCAACUUGUGCCCUUUUUAUAUACUUCCAUGGCCUGAAAAUAUCCUACUUCUUCCGUCCCCUUUGGGACAAGCCACCAAAACCUUUUCGCUAUAUCCCCCAUUUCUAUGCAGAAAAUGUGUCCAUGGAGCAUCUAUGCAAAAUGCAUGGUUGGAAAAUCAGGGACAAUCCUAGGAAUGUUUUUGAUGCCAUCCUAUUCAGCAAUGAGUUAGACCUCCUCGCAAUAAGAUGGCAUGAACUAAACCCUGUUGUAACAACAUUUGUGAUUCUUGAAUCCAAUACAACCUUCACAGGCCUACCAAAACCCUUAAACUUUGCUAUCAACAGAAAAAAGUUUGCCUUUGCAGAAGCCAAGGUGAAGUAUGGAACUGCUACUGGAUGGCCCCUGUCAAAUGGACAGAGCCCAUUUGUAGAAGAGGCAUACCAAAGAGUAGUUUUGGAUAGGCUGUUAAAGGAGGCAGGUGUUUCCAAAGAUGACCUUGUAAUAAUGGCAGAUGUGGAUGAAAUCCCAAGUGCCCACACCAUAAACCUUCUCAGAUGGUGUGAUAACAUACCUCCUAUAAUGCACUUACAGUUGAGAAACUACAUGUACUCAUUUGAGUUCUUUGUGGGUUAUGACAGUUGGAGAUCACAAAUCCAUGUUUACAUGCCAGGAAAAACCAACUAUGGACAUUUUCGCCGAGCAGAUGAGAUUUUUGCAGAUGCAGGAUGGCACUGUAGCUUCUGCUUUCGCUAUAUAAAUGACUUCAUAUUUAAGAUGAAAUCUUACAGUCAUGUGGAUAGAGUGAAGUUUUCUUACUUUUUGGACCCUUCAAGAAUACAGAACAUAAUUUGCAGUGGGGCAAAUCUGUUUGACAUGUUGCCAGAGGAAUACUCUUUUCAACAGAUAAUUGCAAAGAUGGGUUCCUUACCUCAUUUCUUCUCUGCAGUGCAUCUUCCUUCUUAUCUCAUCAGUCAUGCUGACAAUUUUAAAUACCUUCUGCCAGGUGGUUGUGUUAGGGAAUCUGAAUGAUUGCUUUCCCAUGAAGUUGGGAAGAUCUUUUCUGCAAUCGAAAGUUGGCUGAGACUGAAAAGCAUAUUCUGUCAGAAUGUAUGAAAUGAAAUACAAUAUUCUGUCAAAAUUCUAUGAAAGGAUUGAACUGUUCUAACCUAAUGACUUGCCCACACUUCCAUGUAUUGAGGUAUUUUGAUUUUUGUGUUCACUGUCAAUUAAGAUUGGUUAGCAGUCAUUGAAAUUUGUGCAGUGAAUAUAUAGAAUAAAAAAUUGGUGGCAAAUAUUUAAAUAAAAGGAAAGAAAUUUGUCAAAUAA